UAAAAAUUUUCAACGGCGUCAAAAUAAGAAAGAAACCUCUGCAAUAUUCCAUUUUGUUUUCAAAAUCACUUAUCUUUUUGCUGUUUUUGUUUUGCUUUUGCCACUGGCAGUUACUUUGUUGCUGCUUUGUGUUUAUGUAUUAUCGGCAUUUGUGUUCAGCUGGUCAUUCCGUAUCAGUUUCUAGUUUCGCGUUAUAAAUAUUUAAUAGUCUUGAACUAGUGUUGAAAAAAAAUGUCAACUCUCUGUCGUGGCUACGUGCAUAAAUAUUCAAGCAGUAGAUGAAUUUGAAUGCAUACGCAUAACAAGAACAACAAGUGCAUAGCAAGAUAGGAAAGAAAACCGUAGUUAACCAACAGCAUCACAGCGGUGGAUGAUGAAUGGUGUGGAGUGAGAGCCGGAACAGCAGCCAGACAAGCUCUGGAAAAAUAUAUAUUUCACCAACGAAAAGUCAACGAAUUUUUUUGUAGUGUUAAACAAAUUUUUGCUGGUUAAGUUCAAAAUAUAGUGAACUUAAAAAUUUAACGUUUUCCUGAAUAUCUACCCACAUACCUAUAUACAGUCUCAAGGGCAACCAGUGCAAAAGCGGCUAGAAAAAAAAUACAAUGACCUCGGUCAUAAAGUAUAUGUCGCUUGUGACCACCUGCUCGGUGUUUGCAGCUCUAAUUUCUAUUGUUUGGCAAGCAUUUUUGUCACUAAAACAAUUAAACAAAACCACUUCAAUACUUACGGGGCUCCUGGCGAUUGAGAGUAGUUUCAAGAAGCCGCUACAAGCGCCCAAAGUUGCUGUGGGCUAUGGUGCUUGCACCGAUUUGUUGUUGCAUGCGACAGACUUUCUAAACUAUACCGAGGAGUUAGUAAAAGGUGUCGGUCCAGAAUUUACUGUGGACGAGGUUAAUGACAGACAAGAGUUACUACAAACAUUCGCAUAUUAUUUUCAAAAUGGUGCAGCAGCCGAACGAAUCAUGCCCAACACCGAACUUUUUAGAGAACUUAUACAAAUUGCCAAGACUAGACACCGUGACAACAUCAAAUGGUUCCUUGGCGGCAACGCACCACUUAUGGGCACUCGUUUUCAUUUGGAAGGUGCUAAUGUGCUACUUGGAGCGCGUAUGUCAAAGAAGUUACGUCGACUUGUGCCGGCAGAAAUAAAAAUAGCAGGUGAUGAAAUACCUGAAGAUGAUAUCCACCUUAUAUUGGAGUACAAGUCUGGUGACACCUGGGGUCCACUUGUAGCGCCACGCGCAAAUCGCUACAUUCUACACAAUGAUCAAAAUAAUCCACAUUUAAAUUCUGUUGAACAUUUUGAUGAAGCUGUAGGUAAUUUCCAGCCACGAUUACUUGUUAUCAGCGGCAUACAAAUGAUGGAUAGCUACAAGUUUGCACCUGGCGUACGCGAAGCACGACUACUCAAAGUUCAAGAACAAAUAACUUCACAAACAUAUGCCACUUUGCAACAUUUCGAAAUGGCAAGUUAUGUAGAAAUCGAAUUGCUACAAUUGUUGCGACAAUAUGUGCUCCCAUAUGUGGAUUCGUUAGGCAUGAAUGAGCAAGAGCUAGAAAAUUUACGUCAGGUGUUAACACAUGGACGCACAACACUUGCUACAGACUGGAAUCCGCGUGUUGCCGCUGCAUUAGACCAAAUGCGUGACGUAUUUCAAAUUUUAGCUCAAGAUUACUACAAGAAUAGUACAGGCUUGCCAAGAAGACGUCUUUUAACCCGUAUACACGUACAUACGUUAGCCUAUCAAGCAUUGUUAACAGUGCGCGACUCCCAGUGGGAGCGUACGCAAUUAGCGGCGGCCAAAGCAGCGCUUACAGCCCACCGACAUGUUUGCCAAACAGAUAUGAUCAAUCCCGAAUCUGCGCUACUCAUUUUAGAUGACAGUUUUUCUACCACAGCCCUCAACAAGAACACAGCCAGGCGCAUACAAUUUAAUCCACAACAACCUGUGCCAUGCUGGAAUGAAACUAUUGCUGUGAAUGAGCAAAAGUCAUUACCUAUCGAAAUCUGUGUGGCUCCAGUGUUAGUCUGUCGUGUUGCGAAAAAAACUGCUGGUGCUGGCGACAAUAUAUCUGCCGCAGCGUUAUCCCAACAGUUGUAAAUUAUUAGGCGUUAAAUAAUUAGCAAGUGCCCUCUCCAAACGACUGUUGAAACCCAGAGUGACCUUAAUAACAUAUGGAUCCUAUGACCUGUAGUAAUGGACGGAACAAUAAUUAAAAAAAAAAAAACAAUAUAUACAUAUAUUUAUUUUACAUACUUGUACUUCGCAAGCAUUCCGCGGCAAGUAAAUUGAAACCUAUUAUUUGUUUGUUCCUUGAAGUUAGUGGCAGUGUUUGCAUUACAGCUUUUAUGCCACAUGUUUAGUCUAAAAUUCCUAUUAUCUGUGUUCAUUUAUAUUCAUGGUCUUUAAUAAUAGAUAUUUUACAAUGUUGAUAA